AUCCUCACUAAAUCAUCAAUGGCUUGGCAUUCUUAGCCUAAGUCACUUGUUAUUUGGCAAGAAACACAAGUCCUAUAGUAAUAUUCUUCAUUUAGAAUAGUCAAAAAUUUAUUUUUAAAAAAUGAAGUUUGGCAAAGAACUUACUUCACAAAUGGUGCCAGAAUGGCAAGAAGCAUACAUGAACUACAAUUACCUCAAGACAAUCUUGAAAGAAAUCUCAAGUUUCCAAAAACAAAAGAAGAGCCGCCAUUCAACUCCACCGUAUUUCUCACCACGAAAAGAGAAAUUUUCAAAGAGGAAGUCUUUGUAUAGAGCUUUUAGUGGACUAACGAAUAGACACGGUAAUUACAAUGACAAAGAUAAAGAUAUUGAAGUGAUUAGUGUGAGUGAAAUAGAAGAGCAUGAGUACAAGAAUUACCAAACUACGUUUCUUCGGUCACCAGAAGAAGGUGUAGAGAAUGAGCUAACUUUCUUUAGAUUACUUGAUGAUGAGUUCAAUAAGGUGAACAAUUUCUAUAGAGAGAAGGUGGAGGAGGUCGUGUUGGAAGCCGAGGAGUUGAAUAAACAAAUGGAUGCUUUUGUUGCUCUUCGAGUCAAAAUCAAUGAUCCACACUUUUGUAGUUCAUCUUUAAAUAACACACCUAGACCUUCAAAUUCAGGUGCAUCCAUGUUAGCUGAGAUCCAAGAAGUUGAAGAAAAACCAGAAAGGGACCAAAAGAUGGUUUCUUUAACAAUUCUAAAUAAUGUGAAGAUUAAUGUCGUACCACAAUCUGCAACCUCCACCUUAAAAACUUUAAUUGAUGGCACGAAGUUGGACUUAUCGUUCAGCAAAGGAGAACUUAGAAAUGCGCAGGUGAAACUGAAACAGGCCUUUGUAGAGUUCCAUAGAAAGCUAAGGCUUCUGAAAAGCUACUCUUUCUUGAAUCAAUUGGCCUUCUCCAAGAUCAUGAAGAAGUAUGAUAAGACCACAUCAAGAAAUGCUUCAAAAGCUUAUCUAGAAAUGGUUGAGAAUUCCUACUUAGGCCAGUCCGAUGAGGUAAUUAAGCUAAUGACAAGAGUAGAAGCUGUGUUUAUAAAGCACUUCGCCAAUGCAAAUCGCCGUCGAGGAAUGAGGGAUUUAAGGCCAAAAGCUAAACGAGAAAAGCAUAGGGUAACAUUUUUUGUGGGUUGUUUUUUUGGCUGCUCUAUAGCACUCGUAUUUGCAGUCAUCUUAACAGUCCACGCUAGAGGACUUCUUAAGAGUGAAGGCCGUGACCAAUACAUGACUAACAUAUUCCCAUUAUACAGUUUAUUUGCAUACAUCGUGCUUCACAUGCUAAUGUAUGCUGGAAAUGUGUACUAUUGGAAGCGGUAUCGUGUCAAUUACUCCUUCAUUUUUGGGUUCAAUCAGAAUACAGAGUUGGGUUAUAAAGAAAUUCUACUUCUUAGUUCUGCUCUUUCGGUACUCACUCUUGCAGCUGUACUGUCAAAUCUAGAAAUGGAAAUGGAUAAAAGAACUCAAAGUUUUCAAGCCUUAACUGAACUAGUCCCUCUAGGAUUAGUCAUUGUUAUACUUUCGAUAAUGUUUUGUCCAUUUAACAUCAUCUAUCGUUCCAACCGGUUCUUUCUCAUAGUAUAUCUAUGGCAUUGUGUCUGUGCUCCACUUUACAAGGUCGCUUUCCCUGAUUUUUUCUUGGGCGAUCAACUAACUAGUCAGGUUCAGUUAUUCAGGACUUUGGAAUUUUACGUAUGCUACUAUGGUUGGGGAGACUUCAAGAGACGAACAAACACAUGUAACCAAAGCGAUAUUUAUAAGACUCUUUUCAUAUUUGUUGCCGUUGUCCCAUACUGGUUUCGUUUCCUACAGUGCUUAAGGCAAGUAUGUGAGUCGAAAGACUAUGGUCAAGGCAUGAAUGGACUCAAGUACUUAUCAACAAUCGUUGCGGUUAUUACAAGAACAAUUUAUGUCCAAAGAAGAGGAAUGACCAUGAGAAUCGUUGCUGCAACUAGUUCGGGUAUUGCUACAAUUUACAACACUUACUGGGAUAUGGUCAAGGACUGGGGUCUGCUUUGUAAGGACUCAAAAAAUCCUUGGUUAAGAGAUAGACUCAUUUUACCAAACAAAUCAGUCUACUUUGUUGCAAUGGUAUUGAAUGUGAUACUGAGACUUGCAUGGAUGCAAACGGUGUUAGAUUUUCACGAAGCUCCUUGGCUACAUCGAAGCAUGGUGAUAUUUGUAGUUGCUUGUUUGGAGAUUAUUCGUCGAGGCAUAUGGAACUUCUUUAGGCUGGAAAAUGAACACUUGAACAAUGUUGGCAAGUUUCGAGCUUUUAAAUCAGUCCCCCUUCCUUUUAGCUAUGAGGAUGGGGACAAGCAACUAUGAUUCGUCAUUUUUGUGGAACAAAAAGAUGUUUUAGUUAAUUGGAUAAGAUUGAUAGUUCUGUUU